GACUGGGUUGUUGUUGGCAGCAGCAGGAUGAAGUCGCCUCCCUGCUGCACGUCCCUUUCUUCCCAAGCAUCCCUAGAGGAGCAAAGGGAUACCACAUCACUGGGUUCCUUGGAGUCCAGCGUCUUCUGCAGUGAGGAAGAGCCGGGGCCCUUGCUACAGAAGGUUGUGCCCUCCUUGGACUGUUUCACCAUCAAUGUGGGAGGCAGCCGCUUUUUGAUGUCCCAGCAAACUUUGUCCUGCUAUCCAGACACACGGCUUGGCAAGUUGGCUGUAGUUGUGUCUGCUGCCCGGGAUGUAGCUUCUGGUCUCCUAGAGCUCUGUGAUGAUGCCAACCUGGUAGAGAAUGAGUAUUUCUUCGACCGCAGUUCACAGGCAUUUCUCUACAUCCUGAAUUAUUACCAGACAGGAAGAUUGCAUGUGAUGGAGCAGCUGUGUGCACUCUCCUUCCUACAAGAGAUCCAGUACUGGGGGCUAGAUGAACUGAGCAUCGACUCCUGCUGCAGAGACAGAUACUUCAGGAGGAAGGAACUGAGUGAAACCUUAGAUAUCAAGAAAGAUACGGAAGAUCUUGAUGCCCAAGAUGAGGAAGAGGACUUCUCUGGGACCCUCUGUCCCAAUGUGAGGCAGAGGCUUUGGGAGGUUCUUGAAAAGCCUGGCUCUUCUGUGGCUGCUAGGACUUUCGGUACCCUUUCUAUGGCCUUCGUUGUUGUGUCCAUUGCCAACAUGGCCUUGAUUUCAGUGGAACUGAGCUGGCUGGCACCGCCGCUCCUGGAUGCCCUAGAGUAUUUGUGCAUUGCCUGGUUCACAGUGGAAUUCUUACUGAGAUUCCUGUGCACAAGGGAUCGGUGCCGCUUCCUGAGGAGUGUUGCAAACAUCAUAGACCUCUUAGCCAUUUUACCCUUCUACAUCACUCUGCUGGUAGAAAGUCUGUGUGAUGGAGAGAGCUCCGAAGAGUUGGAGAAUGUGGGGCGCAUCAUCCAGGUGCUGAGGCUGCUCAGAGCUCUACGCAUGUUGAAGCUGGGUAGACAUUCAACAGGCCUGAGAUCUCUUGGAAUGACUAUUGCACAGUGCUAUGAAGAAGUUGGACUACUGCUGCUUUUUCUCUCUGUGGGAAUAUCUAUAUUUUCCACCAUAGAGUACUUUGUUGAACAGGCUAUCCCUGGCACAACUUUCACAAGUGUUCCCUGUGCAUGGUGGUGGGCAACAACUUCUAUGACAACUGUUGGCUAUGGUGAUAUUAGACCAGACACUACCAUUGGCAAGGUAGUGGCCUUUAUGUGCAUAUUAUCAGGAAUAUUAGUCUUGGCUUUACCAAUAGCUAUAAUAAAUGACCGUUUUUCUGCCUGUUACUUUACACUAAAGAUAAAGGAAGCUGCUCUUCGACAACGUGAGGCUUUGAAGAAACUCACAAAGAACACAUCCAGUGACUCAAAUCUCAAUGUUAAUCUGCGUGACAUAUAUGCUCGCAGUAUCAUAGACAUAUUACGGUUAAAAAGCAGAGAACGGGCAAGUACUAGAAGCAGUGGUGGAGAUGAGUUUUGGUUUUGACUUGAAUUUAUAAAAUCAUGUUUAACAUAUGGACCACUUUGAAGGUGUAAUAUUAAACAGUAGGUCAACUGUCAUUUUAUAUUAUUCACUCUUAGUGCAUUUGCUAUCCAAACUGCAGUUUUAUCUUCUUGGUAAAUUAAGAUAAACCAUGUAGACUGAAGGCAAAACUCAAACUGGAAAUGCUCAGGGGGCUUUGAAACCAAGUUGCAGAACUGGAUCUUCAAAUGGACAAAAAGCAUAAUGGACCUGUCAAAGUAGAAUUAUGGUAGAAAUAUUUGUCUAUGAAUUUGAUGUUCUUGCUAACAUAAUAAAAAAGUCUUAGCCCACAAUUGCCAUGAUGUUUUGAACGUUAAAGAACUUCAGGGCUUUACUUCUCAGUUGAAAAAUGGAAGAAUAAGAACAGGAAGAAAAUCUGAAAAGAAAGACGCUUAAGGGAUAAAGCUCUGACUGUAUUUAUGAUACCUUUUAUAUUAUCUAUGUAUUUUUUGUAGACACAUGGAUAAGUAAGGAGGCUUAUCCUCAUCCCUGCCCUGCUCGCUAUUUGCUGUGGCAUAGAGCGAUGGAAUAGGUUGAAGGAUAAUUUGCCCAUCCCAAGAACAUAGAAACCUAGGACCAGAAGGAGCCUUCAGGACUAUUGAAGCCAGCCUCACAACUAGUUUUAGGGCUGGAAAGGUGGGAAGGGAAGGGAGAUGGCCAGAGUCUGCAGUAUCAUAUAGAGCUUAGAUUGCAGUACAGUCUGUAGACAGCUCUGUGUGUUAGCACAGUCCCUGGGGGGUUUUUCUAGUCCAUGCUGGUGUUAAUUGUUUUAGUUUCUACAGCCCAAAAGUAACUUAAAAACUAUCGUUGCUCCUCUUU